UGAACCGUUACUUGACAUCUUCAUUUUCUCUCCGCUGUCUGCUCUCUGCAUACUUACCUGUGGAUUUUAUAAUUAUGUCCAACAUGUCAACAAACUUCUGCGACCUAUCACUGCAGAAAUGAAGAGCACAACCAUCACAUCUGACUGCAUGUAAAGGAAAAACAGCAAAGAUGGCGGUGAAUUGGCUAGGACUGUUGUCCAUUGGCGUGUUUUACAUGAUCGUACUGGGCACAGGUAUCUGGGCAUCCAGGAAGUCCAAACGUGAGGAGAAGAAGUGCACUGGGAACCGCAGUGAAGUUGCAAUGGUUGGUGGGCGGAACCUAAACAUCUGGGUCAGCAUCUUUACUAUGACAGCCACCUGGGUAGGAGGAGGUUAUAUUUUGGGUAAUGCUGAAGUGGUCUACGAUCCAAAUAAGGGGUUAGUGUGGGCGACUGGACCCAUUGCCUUCUCCAUAAAUAUGAUAAUAGGUGCUCUCUUCUUUGUCAAGCCAAUCCGGUCAAAGAACUAUGUCACCCUCAUGGACCCAUUUCAGGAGAAAUAUGGCAACACUGUAUCUGCGUUCCUUUUCAUUCCCGCACUCGUUGGUGAUAUCUUGUGGAUAGCAUGCAUUCUUGGUGCACUGGGAGGAACAGUGAGUGUGGUCAUGGACAUCUCAUCCCCAUUGGCUGUGUGCAUCUCUGCUGCUGUGGCAAUUAUCUACACAUUAAUGGGAGGACUGUACUCGGUGGCCUAUACUGAUGUCAUCCAGCUCAGCCUCAUGCUCCUCGGCUUGUGGCUCUGUGUGCCCUUUAUCUUGACAAGCCCGACCUCUGCCAACUUCACUGUUUCUGCGGUCUCCAGUCUCUACCAGGAGCCAUGGCUCGGCAAACUGGAGCUGGAGCAAACGGGCCGCUGGAUAGAUGACAUACUACUCAUAGCAUUUGGAGGGAUCUGCUACCAGGCUUUCUACCAGAGAGUCCUGUCCACAGCCACAGAUUCCCAAGCCAAGAUCACCUGCUAUGCUGGUGCAGUAUUAUGCCCAAUUCUUGGCAUCCCAUCCCUGAUCAUUGGGGCAGCAGCAGCAUCUACCAAUUGGAACCAGACCUCCUUUGGUUCACCCAGCCCAUACGAGCAGGGUAAAUCUGGUAUGAUUUUGCCUAUUGCCCUUCAGCAUCUUUGCCCCUUCGUCGUCUCACUGAUUGGUAUGGGAGCCCUUGCUGCCUCAGUGAUGUCAUCGGUUGACUCUGCACUUUUGUCUGCUGCCUCCCAACUGGGCCGAAACAUCUUCAAGAACAUAAUCUACAAACAGGCUUCAGAAAAAAUGAUCAUCGUGGUCGUGAAAGUAUCAAUCUUCCUGUGUGGGCUGAUGGGAGCAGGCCUUGCUAUGUUAUCAAGAUCCAUCCACCUGUUCUGGAUUGUCAGCGCGGAUGUGUUGUACUCGAUGAUGACUCCUCAGGUGACCUGCAUUUUCUACUUCUCACAGAGGGUGAACAAAUAUGGCGCCUGUGCCGGCCUUGUGUUGGCAGUAACACUAAGAGUUCUGGUUGGAGAACCUGUUAUCGGCCUUCCUGACGUGCUGCCUCUUCCGUGGGACAAGAUACAGGAAGACGGUCACCGAUAUCGCUUGUUCCCUUUUCGCACUGCCAUCAUGCUCAUUACCACAGGAACUAUUUUGUCAAUAUCGCGACUUGUUGUGUAUUUGUCUGAGGAAAGAGGAAAAAGUGAUGCUGUAGUGGACAAAAACUUGCAUAACAUGGCACCACUCCAAACAGAUGAAGAGGAAAAGGAGAAACUGAACCAAGAACACAAUCACUCUUCCUCACAAGGGAGCAAUGAGCACAAUGAAAAAUGUUGAGGGUUUUUAUGUGGUUGGUGUUUAAGAAAGGAUUUCCUUAUGUGCGUUGAAAUGGAACUUGUAAAAAUGUCUGAGGACUUUUGCUCUGUCUCAGAGCGAGUGGUGUUUUAUAUUCUUUAAAAGACAAGAACUAUUGAUACUUGUACUAUAUAACUGAACCAAUACUCUAUGAUCAAAUAUGAAUAAAAAUACUUUUCUGAGUUACA